AUGUCUUCAGAGGAUAAAAGCUCCCCGACGGUUGUCGAACAAGCCGAACACAUAGGGGCCUUUUUGCUAGACACCCCAGAAGAAGUCGCUGCGCAGAAAUCCCUAGUGAGGAAGCUCGACUUCAUCAUUCUGCCACUCCUGUCUCUCUCUUACUUGAUGGCAUACAUUGAUCGAAACAACAUCGGAUACGCAAGACUUAUGGGCUUGCAGGAUGGUCUCAAGCUUUCGGGUUCUCAGUUCUACAACGCGGUGAUGGUCUUUUAUGCCGGCUACAUCGGUCUAAUCUUCCCCGCGAGCUUUCUCUUGAGAAAGCUGGGCCCGAAGGUUCAGCUCGGGUUUGCUGUGAUGACCUUCGGUGUCUUUGUCACUUGCUAUUGUGCGGCUCGCGGUUACGCAGACCUGAUUGGGCUUCGGUUUGCUGUUGGUGGUGCAGAAGCCUUGCUGCAGUCAGCGCCCUUGUACAUGGUCAUCUGGUACGGUCGGCACGAACUGGGCAAAAGAAUCGCGUUCUUCUACUCGGCGACCACAAUCUCGGGCGUCUUCAGCGGCCUUAUAGCAUACGGUAUACAGACGACCAUGGAAGGCACCGGGGGAAGAGCCUCGUGGCAAUGGCUCUUUCUUAUCGAGGGGGUCAUAGCCAUUACAUUUGGCUGUCUCAAUGCCAUUGCUCUUCCCAGUCUCCCCGAAAAGAUCAAGAUUUCACGCAUCUUCACCCCCACAGAGCUCCUUGUUGCACGCAAAAGAAGCAGCGAGCAUAACGUCAAGAACCCCAAGUUUCGCGCCGACCAAGUCUUGGCCAGUCUAAAGGACCCAAAGACAUGGCUCCUCGCUCUUCUUACAGGCUGUAACUCGGCGAUUCUAGCCUCCACUGGCGCCUUCCUGCCGACCAUCGUCAAAGAAUUCAGAUUCAGCGCAGUACGAGCCCAACUCUUUACGGUGAUCCCAUAUUCAGUGUCUUUUAUCUCGAUGAUCACCAUUGGAUACUUCUCUGACCGCAUGAGGAGAAAGUCUUACUUUAUCAUAGGAUCUCUCACGUCCUGUUUGACGGGCCUCAUCAUUCUCGUCAGCACCACCAGCAAAGCAGCAGGAAUGUUUGCGACUAGUCUCCUUGUCGGGGGUGCGUACCCGGCGUCUGUGCUGCAGAUGGCCUGGAUCCAGAUUAACUUCUGCGGCAACACCAAGCGCGCUACGUCUUGGGGCGUUGCCAUGGUCUUCGGUCAAGGCUUGAGCAUGUCUGGUGCUCAGAUAUACAAGGACCCGCCUCGCUUCUUCAUGGGACACGGCGUGUUGAUUGGCUAUGUGGCCAUGGGGUUGGUCUGUACAAUCCUGGCCAGGGUUCUGAUGGUUCGUGAUAAUCGUAAAAGGGAUGAAAUCCUUCAGGACUAUCAAACAAGAGGCGAACGACAUCCGGACCUUGACAAAGAUUUCGAGGAAACUUGCGAUAAGCACAUCAGCUUCAGAUACAUUCUUUAA